AUGAAGUAUCGGGGGUGUCGCGGUAUAGCACUUCAAGAGACGUACAUUAAAAUAAUUGUGAUGGAAUACACCGACAUUUUAGUGAAACUGUUACCGAGCGGAGAGUUGAAAAAGGCUUCAAAAAGGUGUUACAACAAAGCACUGAAGAGAUCGACGAAUUCUUUUAUAAAUACGACCAAGACAUUCAAAGCGUGUUUUGGAAGGAUAUUCCACAUUCAACAAGAAGCUCAUAUGAAUGAAGUUCUGACUCGUGUGAAGCGUCGCACUAAAGAGAAGAAUGAUCGAGAAGAACUAGAAGAAAAACUGGAAAAGAAGAGCGAAAUAGUUCGACGUCGUGAGAAAGCAAUAACGAUGACCAUCGAAAAGUUUGUUAAAAUCCACAGCAGAGUCUUUGAAGAAGAAGUUAAGAAAUAUCUAUUAAUGAUAGAUUCAAUGCGAUGUUCAUGCGCAACGAAGUUGUCGUCGAAAGACACACUUGAAAAUGAAAAGCAGCCACUUUAA